AAACAGGCUGAGCUCGUCUUCCUCACCGGAUAUCCUUCCCCGCAAUGGCUAAAUGCGGUAGUGACGCGAUACGGAAUCGAUCAUCGAUUCUUACACAGGCAUCUCGACUUCUUGCCGACCGGGCAGAGAGACUGGUAUGCGGUCCCCAGUAUACCUUCCCGAUCCCAGCAGUUUAUACAGAUCGUGGUGCCAUGCAUCGUAUUCACUGGGCAUGAGGGUCGGUUUGUGUCGGCGGAAGAUCUCCAGCAGGCUCGCUUUGCAUGUGCGGAGCUGCUGCGACAAAAGUCCAAGAGCUUCUUCGGGCGGACAGACACUCCCGCGGGUCAGACGAUUGUGCGCGGGGUCAACAUUCAUAGUGGCGAGGCGAUGGUGCUGGAGCAUGCCAUUACCGUCUGUGUGCGGACAGACGGCGAAGCAUCGAAGAUCAUAGUGUGGAGCGAUGCAGCCAGCGAUGAUGUCUCGAACUACAUUCCCGUCCCUGACGUGAACGCUUUCCGGAACGUGGCCGGUGCUCUCGAGUGCUGCCCGGUGUUUUUCGAGAAGCAUCUUGAUACCCAGCCAUCGGGCUCGAGAAGCAAAGCCUCUGGCAGUCUAGGUAGCAGCGUGCAAGCCUUAUCGGUCUUGGCUACUGACUAUGGACACACGCUCGAGUGGAGUGCCGUGCAGAAGGACCCUGUCCUCGCGCUCGAGGAGCUGUUCGCGUUCCAGUCCGUCGCGGCGAUGCAGUACCUGAACAUGCUGCGCAAGAACAUCACGCAGGCCAUGCAUCGCACCCAAACCAUAGACGUGGCCUCAUUGAACAUGGAAGAUAUCUCAAACUUCGAGUAUACGAAGGCCGUCCUGGUCCGAUGGGCUGCGCACUUCCGCACACUGUGCCAGGCGCUGGACCCUGACUGUCCUGGCAGCCCCCUCGCUCCACGAUCUCAUGGGAUGUUCCCCUCACGAGAAAGAAUGUUGAACCUGAAGCGGCGCGACCUGGACUUCCUCGCCGCAGAGGCUCAGGUAUUAAUUGAGCUGUGCGACAGUGGGAAGGCGACGAUCAUGGGCAACUUCUCCAUCGCUGAAUCCAGGCGUAUGGCGGAGGAAUCGCGGCUGGUCGGGCAGCUGACCAAGCUGACCAACCGUUUGACUUUCAUCUUCCUGCCGAUCUCAUUUGUCACCUCGGUGUUCGGGAUGAACUUCAAGCAGUUUGGACAAGGGCCCCUGGAUAUCUGGAUCUGGGUGGCCGUCACGGUGCCCUUGCUGGCGGUGUGCGUGAUUCUCGUGGAGUGGCGGAUCUCGAUUCGAGCUUUG